AUGUGGAGCGACCCACAAAAGGUUGAUAUCAGUGGAGGACAUGUAAGUGGCAACGGGGUGCAAAUUAAUGCCCAUGUACGAGAAGGUGGUUUACAAAUUCCGAGCGUCUUCACCCCGAGAGACGCCGAGGAGGAAGCGGCACUCGCAUGUCGUGACGCGUUGUAUCUCACUGAUCCCGAAGUCGACCGCGAGAGCGUGAUUAGUGCGAAAGGUACGAGAGUCGCGGGUACCGACAGAGACAAUGAUGGAGAUGGCAAUGGCGAUACGCGACUCCUGUGGAUCUCUGGCGGGCUCGGCAAGGGCGAGACGAUGAUAUCUGUUUUCCUGACGGAGCAGCUAGAGGAACAUACAGCGCGUACGGACAAUACAGACCUAGUGUUCUUCUUCUACAGCGCCGGGGAUAAGAGACGCAACACGGCGAUAGCAGUAUUGCCACCAGAGAGGAUACAGCAGACGCUGUCGUCUUUAGAGACACUCUGGAUUAUCUUCAGCAAUACCAUCACCGACAUUGAGCUCGGGACCGUAUUCUGCGUGCUUGAUGGCCUCGAUGAGUGCGAGGACAGCACGCUGAGAGCAUUCUUGCCUAAACUCGUAGGCCUACUUGCACCUCCAACGCCAUCGUCGACGAAUGCUAGCGAUAUUGAGCUGUUCGUGUUCGCCCCAGUAGAGGAGCUGUCUGGCAUGAAGGGCUUUAACGAUAAAUUUCGCAAGUCUGUACACGACAGUCUUCUCCGACGCACUGAAGGAUGGGUAGGCUUCGCAAUGCACGAACCAUCACAGAAGCAGACAUGCAUUAAGGUUUAG